CAAUCCACCUCAGUACUUCAGUACCAAAUAAACCUAUUCCAAACUCAUCGCUGAUUUCUAUAUUGUUUGCUUUUAUCUCCUGAAUUUCAGUCUUCAGCUUCGACACAGAAACAAUGGUUUAUUCCAAGGAUCAGCUGCUUGCUCGUUUAAAGGAGCUUCAAAUUGAUUUUUCCCAGUAUGAACAUCCUGUUGUUUUGACUGUCGAAGCUCAGGCAAAAUAUGUUGGGAAUGUGGGAGGUGCACUGAGCAAAAAUCUGUUCUUGAAGGACAAAAAACAUAGGUACUAUGUUGUGUCUGCCCUUGCAGAUACGAAAGUAGAUAUGAAAGUUUUAUCUCAGAGGCUUGGUUUAGGAAAAGGUGGUCUAAGAAUGGCUCCAGAAGAGGCAUUGGGUGAGAUACUUAAGGUGCCACUUGGAUGUGUUACUCCAUUUGCUCUAGUAAAUGAAUCUGCAAGUCAUGUCUCGCUAUUGUUGGAUAAAGGAUUCAAAACUCAAGAGUGUUGCAUCUUUCACCCACUUUCCAAUGACAUGUCAAUCUCUCUUAAUGCCUUUGGUCUUGACAAGUUUCUUAAAUCAAUUGGGCGAGACCCAACUUAUAUUGAUCUGGAGGCUAACCCUCCUGUAGGGAAAGAUCAACCUCCCGAUCUAGCUUCUUUAGUUCCAUCUGGUUCGACAGUUCUGCCUGAUCUUCCCAAGAAAACUCCUUCACAAGAUUCAUCUGGAAAUCAUCCUAGUGCUGGUAAUAAUUCUACAGCAGUUACAGCAAAAGCUGAUAAGCCAUCUAAUGCUGUGCAAAAUGUUAAGGAGAAAUCUGUCAAUGGUGUUCGACCAUUGAUUCCUUCCACAGAUGCUGGGAAAUUUGUGGAAGAGCUUCUGGAUAGAACAUCUACGUUACUGCUAUCAGAAAUUUCCGAAGAUUCCAUCAAGCGACAUGCUGGACAAUUAGGAGCUGAAGUGGCGAAUAAUAUUAAAAAAUGUCUUAGAGAAGAUCUAAAGAAUCUCGCUACAAUAUUCAAGAACACGGCAUACACAGAAGGGUUUUAUGCCGGUACUCACUAUCAGCCCAAGCGUCUUUGAUCUUAUUUAUGACAGUUUAUCUCCCUUGGACCGUUUUCCUUACCAGAAUACGAUUUCUAAGCUGAAAAACAACAAUCAAACACAGAAUUUUCAUCAUGGCGUUCUUCUUUUUAUUAUGUAUUUUUAUCUGCAUUUAGACAUUUAAUUGAAACUAUGCAUGCCCAUGUUUUUAGAAUCAUAUAAAAUUGCUUGUAUUGUUCAGAUACAUUUAAUUGAAACUAUGUAUACCCCAGUUUUUUAGAAUCAUAUGGCUAUUUAACUGCCAUUUAUUUGA